GUGUCAAAGUCAAAACGAGUAUUUUUAGGUUAUGUCUUAUAUGAGUCCGAAAAUUUGUUAUGAUGCAGUUUAUUGUGUCUUCUUAAAUUAAUAUUGAUUAAAAGUGUUCUCGUAAACAUUUCAACAAUGGGGGAGUUCGCAAAACCGCCGACGGAUCCGAAUUUAGUUAAAUUCUCGCAAGAAAACGACUACGAUGCUCUGGCGAAGUAUUUGGUAGGAAACAUGUACCGAUGGAGAGAACACAUCAUUAUCCCGAAGAUCCUCGGUCCAGUUAUUAUAAAGACAAACGAAGAGAAACUGAUAGAGUCCACUAUUGAAAGCUGCGCCUUUAAAUCGGUCACAAGUUGUGUUGUUGGUUAUGGGCUUGGAGCAGCCGUAGGUCUGUUCACGUCAUCCCUCAUGCCAAAUGUGACCGACACCACGGCCGCGCAGACACAGACGGCUCGGGAAAUACUCAGAGAGAUGAAGAACUCCAUGCUAAGCUAUGCUAAGAAUUUUGCCAUGCUCGGCUUAGUGUUUUCUGGUAUUGAAUGCUGCAUAGAAACGGCUAGAGGCAAGUCAGACUGGAAGAAUGGGACAUAUGCGGGAGGCGUCACAGGGGGCUUGAUUGGAUUAAGAGGUGGUUUGCGGGCUGGCGUCUUUGGAGCCGCAGGGUUUGCCGCAUUUUCCACAGCAAUAGAUUACUACAUGCACCAAAGGAGCUAAACAAUAAAAUUUCUUGUAUGAUGUUGUUGUAAGGCGGUCCUGCUGUUAAUUUCGUAAAGGAGAAGUUACUAUAGAUUGUUAUGUGUGUAUGAAUUAUCUUAGUUAAAUUAAAUUAAUCUUUAAAAAACGU